AAGACUUCCGGUAGUGUGUCAUGGCGGUGGGAUGGUGAAUCCUAAAGAAGGAGAAAAAAUCUCGCCCCUUUCGUCCUUUCCCACAGAUUCAAGACAAUUUCCAUGCAUUACUAAGCCCGUCAGCUGCGGUCUUGCAUCUUGGAUUUAGCAGCAGAGGGCUGCGGUGUCCGUCCGCCUGGUCAUGACGGCUCACAAACCAGUGGAAUGGGUCCAGGCCGUGAUUACUAGAUUUGAUGAGCAGCUUCCCAUUAAAGUUGGACACCAGAACACCCACACCAAAGUCAGCACAGAGCACAACAAGGAAUGUUUGAUUAAUAUCUCCAAGUACAAGUUCUCCCUUGUCAUCAGUGGUCUUACCACCAUUCUCAAAAAUGUCAAUAAUAUGCGGAUAUUUGGAGAAGCAUCUGAGAAGAACCUCUACCUCUCUCAGCUCAUCAUUCUAGAUACCCUGAAGAAGUGCCUGGCUGGGCAAUCCAAGGACUGCUUGCGUCUGGAUGAAACUAUGCUGGUCAAACAGCUGCUGCCAGAGAUCUGCCAUUUCAUUCACACGUAUCGUGAGGGGCACCAGCACCAGCAUGCUGCUGAGCUACGAGCCUCAGCUUCGGCUGUCCUCUUCUCUCUGAGCUCCAACAACUUCAGCGCUGUUUUUAGCCGCAUUUCGACCAGGCUUCAAGAGCUGACCGUCUGCUCAGAGGAUAACGUUGAUGUUCAUGACAUAGAGCUCAUGCAGUACAUCAAUGUGGACUGCUCUAAGCUGAAGAGGCUGUUACAAGAAACUGUAAUGAAGUUCAGAGCUCUAAAGAAGCCUGCCCAGCUUGCAGUCAUCAGCAGUUUAGAGAAGGCAUUUUGGAACUGGGUGGAGUGUUACCCAGAUGAGUUCACCAUGCUGUACCAGCGACCACAGUCAGAUAUGGCAGAAGCUGCAGAGAAGUUGUUUGACCUGGUGGACAGUUUUGCAGAGAGUACCAAGAGGAAGGCAGCAGUGUGGCCACUGCAGAUAAUCCUCCUCAUACUCUGUCCAGAGAUUACACACACAAUCUCCAAAGACACAGUGGAAGAAAGCAAGGCUAACAAGAAACUUUUUCUGGACAGUUUACGGAAAGCUUUAGCAGGGCAAGGUGGAAGCAAACAGCUGAUGGAGAGUGCUGCCAUUGCCUGUGUCAAACUUUGUAAAGCCUCUACUUACAUCAACUGGGAAGAUCAUUCCACCAUUUUCCUCCUGGUCCAGUCCAUUGUCAUGGAUCUCAAGGCUCUGCUGUUCAACCCAGCCAAACCCUUCUGGAGGGGAACGGGCAGUCAGAAUGCUGAUGUGGAGCUCAUGAUGGAUUGCUUUGUGUCCUGUUUCCGCAUUAACCCUCACAACAACCAGCACUUUAAGGUCUGCCUGGCCUCGUCAUCCCCUUCCACCUUUCACUUUGUCCUGGUCAACUCGUUACAUAGAAUAAUCAACAAUUCCCACCUGGACUGGUGGCCUAAGAUUGAUGCAGUAUACUGCCACUCUGGAGAGCUUCGCUUCAUGUUCUCAGACACCCUCAACCGUGUAACCCAAGGCACUGGCACACAUGCCCCCCUACGCAUGACUCCGAGUCUAACAUUUAUUGGAAAGAAAACCACCAGCCUUAAGUUCAAAGAGAAAGCCACAGAUUUGGACACUCGAAGUUACAAGUGCCUCCUCCUUGCUCUGGUUAAACUCAUCCAUGCCGACCCCAAACUCAUGUUGCAUAAUCCAGUGAAACAAGCUCCAGAGAUGCAGAGCAGCACAGCAGAGCUCAUCACUGGCCUUGUGCAGCUGGUGCCGCUAACCAACAGUACCCAGCUCUCACAAGAAGCCAUGGAGGCUUUGUUAGUUCUGCACCAACCAGAGAACAUAGAGCUGUGGAAUCCUGAUGCCCCCAUAGAGACAUUUUGGGACAUUAGUUCACAGGUGCUCUUCCUAAUUUGCCGCAAACUCAUCGGUCAGCUAAUUGUUAAUGGGACAGAGGUUCUGAAAUGGCUGAGGGAGAUUCUCAUCUGCAGGAACAAGUUUUUGCUCAAAAACAAGGAAUGUGCCACCAUGGGUGGUGGCAUCCCCAUCUGUCGGCAGGCACAGACAAAGCUAGAGGUGUGCCUCUACAUGUUCUUGUGGAGCCCAGACACCGAAGCUGUUCUGGUGGCCAUGUCUUGUUUUCGCCACCUGUGUGAGGAAGCUGAUAUCCGCAGUGCUGCUGACGAGGUGCCCGUUCAGACAAUCCUGCCCAACUAUAUGACUUUCAGUGAACUGGCAUCUGUCAGCAACAUGAUGGGAACGGGCCGCUCCACCUUGCAGAAGAGGGUGAUGGCUUUGUUGAGGAGGAUAGAGCAUCCUACGCCAGGAAAUAUUGAAGCUUGGGAGGACACAUACGCUAAAUGGGACCAGGCCACCAAACAGAUUCUCAACUUUCCCAAAAACAAGGCAGAUGAUGGACAGUGUCUUUGUAUCCCCCUGCAGCAGGAGUGGAUCAACAUGACAGGAUUUCUGUGUGCUCUGGGCGGUGUGUGCCUCCAGCAGCGCAGCACCCCAGGCCCACCCACAUACAGUCCACCUAUGGGUUCCAUGACCGAGCGUAAACACUCCAUGAUCUCUAUGGGCCCUUGUGAGGUGUCCAACCUCAUGACCUCCUCUUGCUCUUCGGCCUCGAGUGAGACACCUGUGAGCCGCUUCCUGGACCGGCUGCUGGCUCUGCUGGUUUGUGGCCACGACAGGGUGGGCCUCCAUGUUCGCACCAAUGUUAAGGAUCUCCUUGGAUUGGAGCUCAGUCCAGCUCUGUAUCCCAUGCUGUUCAACAAGCUCAAGAACAGCAUUGGCAAGUUCUUUGACACUCAGGGUCCGGUUCCCAUCAACGACACUAACACACAGUUUGUGGAGCAGACCAUAGCCAUCAUGAAGAACCUGUUAGAUAACCACUCAGAGGGCAGCUCUGAACACCUGGGACAAGCCAGCAUUGAGACCAUGAUGCUCAACCUAGUAAGGUAUGUGCGUAUUUUGGGUAAUGUAGUCCAUGCGAUCCAGAUCAAAACCAAGCUGUGCCAGCUGGUCGAGGUGAUGAUGGAGAGACGAGAUGACCUGUCCUUCUGCCAGGAGAUGAAGUUCAGGAACAAGAUGGUGGAAUAUCUGACAGACUGGGUAAUGGGAACCUCCAACCAAGCUGCUGAUGAUGACAUCAAGUGCCUGACAAGGGACCUGGACCAAGCCAGUAUGGAGGCUGUAGUAUCACUGUUAGCUGGUCUUCCUUUGCAGCCAGAGGAGGGAGAUGGAGUAGAGCUGAUGGAGGCCAAAUCUCAGCUCUUCUUGAAGUACUUUACUCUGUUCAUGAACCUGCUGAAUGACUGCAGUGAGGUGGAGGAUGAAGGCCAGGCAGUUGGGGGACGUAAGAGAGGAAUGUCCCGACGUCUGGCAUCCCUUCGACAUUGCACCAUCCUAGCAAUGUCCAAUCUACUCAAUGCUAAUGUGGACAGUGGUCUUAUGCACUCAAUUGGUCUCGGUUAUCACAAAGAUCUUCAGACUCGAGCCACAUUUAUGGAAGUGCUGACCAAGAUCCUUCAACAGGGAACAGAGUUUGACACACUGGCUGAGACUGUGUUGGCUGACCGCUUUGAGAGGCUGGUAGAGCUGGUCACCAUGAUGGGAGACCAAGGAGAGCUGCCCAUUGCCAUGGCAUUAGCUAAUGUGGUUCCAGGGUCUCAAUGGGAUGAACUAGCACGAGUCCUGGUGACACUGUUUGAUUCCCGACACCUACUCUACCAACUCCUGUGGAAUAUGUUUUCUAAAGAGGUGGAGCUAGCUGACUCCAUGCAAACCCUCUUCAGAGGAAAUAGCCUGGCCAGCAAGAUAAUGACCUUUUGUUUCAAGGUAUACGGGGCAGCCUAUCUACAGAAGUUACUGGAGCCUUUAUUGAGAGGAGUCAUCACAACCCCUGAACACAUUAGCUUUGAGGUGGACCCCACCAGAUUGGAACAAGGUGAGAACCUCGAAGAGAACCAGAGGAACCUGCUGCAAAUCACUGAGCGCUUUUUUCAGGCCAUCAUUAGUUCAUCAGGCGAAUUUCCCCCACAGCUCCGCAGUGUCUGCCACUGUCUCUACCAGGCUACUUGCCACUCUCUACUGAAUAAAGCAACAGUAAAAGAAAAAAAGGAAAGCAAAAAAGCAGUUGUGAGUCAGCGGUUCCCACAGAACAGCAUUGGUGCGGUGGGCAGUGCUAUGUUUCUGCGCUUCAUCAACCCUGCUAUUGUGUCCCCCUAUGAGACUGGUAUUUUAGACAAGAAGCCUCUGCCCAGGAUAGAACGGGGGCUCAAACUCAUGUCCAAGAUUUUGCAGAGUAUUGCAAACCACGUCUUAUUUACAAAAGAAGAACACAUGAGGCCUUUUAAUGACUUUGUGAAGAGCAACUUUGAUUCAGCCCGAAGGUUUUUCUUGGACAUAGCAUCUGACUCUCCACCCAGUGAUUCUGUCAACCACAGUCUGUCAUUUAUCAGUGACGGUAAUGUGCUGGCUCUCCACCGGCUGCUGUGGAAUAAUCAGGAAAGAAUUGGCCAGUACUUAUCCAGUAACAGGGACCACAAGGCUGUAGGUAGGCGACCUUUUGACAAGAUGGCCACCUUGCUGGCUUACCUAGGACCGCCGGAACACAAACCUGUGGCUGACACUCACUGGUCUAGUCUCAAUCUGACCAGCUCCAAGUUUGAGGAGUUUAUGACCAGGCAUCAAGUACAUGAGAAGGAGGAAUUCAAAGCCUUAAAGACCCUCAACAUUUUCUACCAGGCAGGAACCUCAAAGAUUGGAAAUCCAGUGUUCUACUAUGUCGCCCGCAGGUUCAAAACGGGCCAGAUCAAUGGUGACCUGCUCAUCUACCAUGUCCUUCUCACCCUCAAACCCUACUAUGCUAAGCCCUAUGAGAUAGUGGUAGACUUAACACAUGUUGGACCCAGCAAUCGUUUCAAGACUGACUUCCUCUCUAAGUGGUUUGUUGUCUUUCCUGGCUUUGCAUAUGAGAAUGUGGCAGCUGUUUAUGUCUACAACUGCAACACUUGGGUAAGAGAGUACACCAAGUAUCAUGAGCGGCUGCUGACAGGCCUAAAAGGGAGCAAGCGGCUCCAGUUCAUUGAUUCUCCAGCUAAGUUGGCAGAGCACAUUGAACCUGACCAACAGAAGCUGCCUGCAGCCACACUGAUACUGGAGGAAGACCUUAAAGUGUUCCACAAUGCCCUCAAACUGGCCCACAAAGAUACCAAGGUCUCAAUUAAGGUGGGUUCAACAGCCGUUCAGGUGACCUCAGCUGAGCGCACCCGCGUCCUUGGCCAGCCUGUCUUCCUCAACGAUGUAUAUUAUGCCUCCGAGAUUGAGGAAAUUUGCCUUGUGGAUGAGAGUCAGUUCACCCUCACCAUGGCCAACCAGGGCACACCCCUCACUUUCAUGCACCAGGAGUGUGAUGCCAUAGUUCAGUCUAUCAUCCAUAUCCGGACACGCUGGGAGUUGUCGCAGCCUGACUCCAUCCCUCAGCACACUAAAAUCCGACCAAAAGAUGUGCCUGGCACUCUCCUCAACAUUGCUCUUCUCAACCUGGGCAGUUCUGACCCCAGCCUCAGAUCUGCAGCUUACAACCUAUUGUGUGCUUUGACCUGCACCUUUAAUCUGAAGAUAGAGGGCCAGCUGCUGGAGACAUCAGGUCUCUGCAUCCCAGCCAACAAUACGCUCUUUAUAGUUUCCAUCAGCAAAACUCUGGCAGCCAACGAACCUCAUCUGACUCUGGAGUUUCUGGAGGAGUGCAUCUCAGGCUUCAGCAAGUCUAGCAUCGAGCUGAAGCAUCUCUGCUUGGAGUACAUGACACCCUGGCUGCUCAACCUGGUCCGCUUCUGUAAGCACAAUGACGAUGCCAAGCGCCAGCGGGUCACUGCCAUUUUGGACAAACUUAUCACCAUGACAAUAAAUGAAAAACAGAUGUAUCCCUCUAUCCAGGCUAAGAUCUGGGGCAGCCUUGGCCAGAUAACAGACCUGCUGGAUGUGGUCUUAGACAGCUUUAUUAAGACCAGUGCCACAGGAGGCCUGGGUUCCAUCAAAGCAGAGGUUAUGGCUGAUACUGCAGUGGCUCUAGCCUCAGGAAAUGUCAAAUUGGUCUCCAACAAGGUCAUUGGGCGGAUGUGUAAGAUCAUCGACAAGACGUGUCUGUCCCCAACGCCAACACUGGAGCAGCACCUGAUGUGGGAUGACAUUGCCAUCUUGGCUCGCUACAUGCUCAUGUUGUCCUUCAACAACUCUCUAGAUGUGGCAGCCCACUUGCCUUAUCUGUUCCAUGUGGUAACCCUGCUAGUAGCCACUGGGCCUCUGUCCCUCAGGGCCUCCACUCACGGUUUGGUCAUCAACAUUAUCCACUCCCUCUGCACCUGCUCUCAGCUCAACUUCAGUGAGGAAACAAAGCAGGUUCUGAGGCUGAGUCUGACUGAGUUCUCCCUGCCCAAGUUCUACCUGCUGUUUGGCAUCAGCAAAGUCAAAUCAGCCGCUGUGAUUGCCUUCCGCUCCAGCUACAGAGACCGCUCAUUCUCACCAGGCUCUUAUGAGAGGGAGACCUUUGCACUGUCCUCCCUCGAAACCGUCACUGAGGCCUUACUGGAAAUCAUGGAGGCUUGUAUGAGGGACAUACCAAGCUGCAAGUGGUUAGACCAGUGGACAGAACUUGCACAAAAGUUUGCAUUCCAAUACAACCCAUCUCUUCAGCCCAGAGCACUGGUGGUGUUUGGCUGCAUCAGUAAAAGAGUGAGCCAUGGCCAGAUCAAGCAGAUCAUUCGAAUCCUAAGCAAGGCUAGCCCUCUGCUCAGCAUAGACCGGGGUCUAGAGAGCUGUCUGAAGGGGCCAGACAAUUACAACAGCCAAGUAUUAAUAGAGGCCACAGUCAUUGCUCUGACUAAGCUACAACCUCUACUCAGCAAGGAAUCUCCCAUGCACAAAGCUCUGUUCUGGGUGGCAAUAGCUGUGCUGCAGCUGGAUGAAGUCAACCUUUACUCAGCUGGAACGGCCCUGCUGGAGCAGAACCUCCACACUCUGGACACAAUGCGUGUUUUCAAUGAUAAGAGUCCAGAAGAAGUAUUCAUGGAGAUCAGGCGUCCUUUAGAAUGGCACUGCAAGCAGAUGGAUCACUUUGUCGGACUCAACUUUAGCGCCAACUUUAACUUUGCACUGGUGGGCCACCUACUCAAAGGCUACAGGCACCCAUCAGCCACCACAGUCGCAAGGACAGUGAGAAUCCUUCACACACUGUUGGCUCUCAUCAGCAAGCAUCUGAAAUGUGACAAGUUUGAGGUCAACACCCAGAGUGUGGCCUAUCUGGCUGCACUACUCACUGUAUCUGAGGAGGUCCGAAGUCGCUGCAGCCUCAAACACAGGAAGUCACUGUUAAUUUCUGACCUCUCCAUGGACCCAGUUCCUAUGGACACCUUCUCAAGUCAUAUGACUGAUCCUACGUGCAGAACUUUGAAUGAGACUCAGCCGUGGACAUCACCUCAGGUUUCAGAGCGCUACCUUUCAGCUCAUUAUCCAACAAUGGGCCAGAUUAGCCCUCGAACACGCAAGUCGAUGAGCCUCGACAUGGGUCAGCCUUCACAGGCCAACACCAAGAAGCUCUUGGGCACCCGGAAGAGCUUUGAUCAUCUCAUAUCAGACUCCAAAGCACCAAAGAGACCAGAAAUGGAGUCAGGCAUGACUACCCCUCCAAAGAUGAGGCGUGUAGCAGAGAACGACUAUGAGAUAGAGACACAGAGAAUUGGAAACUCUCACCUUCGCAAGGUGUCUGUAUCAGAGUCCAAUGUUCUGCUGGACGAGGAGGUGCUUACCGACCCAAAGAUCCAGGCUCUGCUGCUCACUGUGCUGGCCACCCAGGUCAAAUACACCACUGAUGACUUUGACCAGCGGAUUCUGUAUGAGUAUUUAGCUGAAGCUAGUGUUGUCUUCCCAAAGGUUUUUCCAGUUGUCCACAAUCUACUGGACUCCAAGAUCAACACUGUGCUAUCCAUGUGCCAGGAUAUCAAUCUCCUGAACCCUGUCCACGGCAUUGUCCAGAGUGUGGUGUACCAUGAGGAGUCACCCCCCCAGUACCAACCUUCCUAUUUACAAAGCUUUGGCUUUAAUGGACUUUGGAGGUUUGCUGGACCCUUCUCUAAGCAAACCCAGAUUCCAGACUACGCUGAGCUGAUUGUCAAGUUCUUGGAGGCAUUGAUUGACAGCUACCUGCCAGCAGCUGACGAGGAACGAGGGGAGGAGCAACUGAGGACACCUACUUCCCCCUACCCUCCUACCAGCCAGAGCCAGCUUAGCAUCACUGCCAACCUCAACCUGUCAAACUCGAUGACCUCACUGGCCACUUCACAGCACUCACCAGGUGUAGAUAAGGAGAAUGUCCAGUUGUCCCCCAGCUCAGCUUUGUCCAGUGGAGGUCGUACUCGCCAUGGUUCAGCCAGUCAGGUCCAGAAGCAGCGCAGUGCUGGCAGCUUCAAGAGACCCAGCAUCAAGAAGAUUGUCUGAUCGACCAGAGAAGACAGCUGCCCCGUCACACAUAUACUUUCUUUCUCCCCCUCUCCACCUGUCCCAGGCCUGCCAGGCCUCAUGCUGCACUCCACAUUUACUCUUUAGUUCCUCCUUCACGGUUGUUGCUUUGGCAGAACAGGUGAUCGUGUGUUUCGUAACAAGGAGGAAUAUUAGCAAGGGCAAACUUGAAUUCUGCUGCUUGAUUUUUAUUUAUUUUAUAAUUUUUUUAUCAUUAUAAUUGUUUUCUUUCUUUCUUUUUUUUUCUCAAAUCUUUAAAUUUAGAGAGUACAUGGUGUCAGACAGGCUCCUUCUCUUCAUAGGGACAGUGUUUGGAAACACUUUAACUGUCCUGCAGUGAGGGAAGCCACACUUUAAGUGGAAAACACUGAAGGGAAAACCGUGUGAAUGGAUUUGGAUGUCGACUGUGAUGUGUCUCAGUUGGCACAGUCCAAACAGGAAGUCUCUGACUUCAGGCAAGUCCCUUGGCCUUCCUCCAGACUAAAUAUUCCAGUGUCAGUGAGAUGGACCAAACGACAACAGUAAAUAGGUGAUUGGGUGUGUCUGCGAGAAAAGACCUCUUCUCUGGACAUCUCAGCUCCCCUCUCCCAGUACUGUACAUAUGUUACAUAGAUUAUGUAUAACUAGUCCUUAGUUCUAAUUUAGAUGUGGAUGUUUUCUCCAUGGUGUGCCUUUGUCAGGGUUUUUCAAUGUGUACAAUUUGUAAAGUAAAAUUAAAAUCUUGCUGGGGACAAAGACCAGGUACUAAUCUUGGAGGCGAGCCAUCCAUAUCUUCACAAGUUCACCAAGCUAUGUCACGACAGGCCUCCAAUGAUCAUCAAAUAUACAAUCAUCAAUAUACCCUGCUGCCUGAAAAUAUUUAUCUUGUACAAGUAGAUCAUAGUACACGAUUCAUCUAUUUACUUUCCAUAAACUGUCUUUCAACAUGAAGAUUGCAAAACACUAGAGAAAAUGCAUCUGUAAAUAGCUGCGAGCUUUCGGGUUUGUUUGGUUUUUCUGUCCUCGUGUUUUUUGUUGAUAUUUUAUUAUGAACUGUAUUUUUUUUAGCAGCAUAGCAUUAAAUUUGUUUACACAUGGACCAUGAAAAUUGAGUAAUAGGCAAUAAUCCUCAACUCUCAAACUUUGUCAACCUCUACCUUUUUUUUUUUCCUUCACACAAACCGGAAGAACACAUUACUGUCAGCUUGGUGCAAUAUGUGGCCAACUUCUGAGUUACUUGUUCAAAUAGAGAUUUAACUCAUAGUGGACAGCGUGGUGUCUAGGUGUGUUUCAUCUCGGCAGUCUGAGCUGGAUCCUUGAAAGGAAAGUCCAACCAGUAAGCAGCUUCGUCUGUUAGAGGAGUUGACUGUGCUCUUCUGUUUUUAAAUCUGACUAAAGUCACCACUGUUCCCUUCUGUACGAAAGUGAAAAUCAAAAAACUCGUCACUGUCAUGCAGCCAGAGUCUUGCCUUCUACUUGGCUCAUAAACGAGCCGUAGCUCACGUGCUGAGCCUCUGCCGUUUUGAGCUUUCAGUGAUCUUUGCUGUGCAAUCAUCAUUUUCAUAACAAAAUUAUUUACUCACAGAAACUCAUUACCUUUAUUAUUCAGGAUGAUUUUCAAAAUAAAUGUAUUUUAUUGACACUUUGUUUUAUCAGCAAACAUUACCAGUAUUGAAAUAAUAAUAUUCGUGUUUACUUUUCAUGUUCUUAUAAACAUUGAUUUUGAAAAUAAGCCUAAAACAGACAUUUUUUUUUUAAAUUGUGAUUAUAGCCAUCAGCUGCUUUAUCCCCAGAUGUCUUUGCUAAGAUGGAGUAUUAAGUAAUCGUCCAUCUGCCCGGCCCUUAAAACCAUGUCUGAAUCCCAUCUACUGGACAGAAACUGGUUCUGAAUUAUGUCAACAGUGUCAGAAGCACCUGUUUCCAAGAUGUAGGUGUCAUGUUAUCUUUAUAUACGCCUGAUAGCUCACAGCAGUACCAAAAAGUGUAAAAUUAGACAAUUUUCUACAAAAUUACCCAAAACAAUAGGUCACAGAGCAGAACAAAGCACUAAGACUGUGACUUAUGGUUCAUUUCUAUAGCUCCUUUGACCUUUUCUGAGAACAAAAUGUUUGAUCAAAGAGGGUGACAAAGUGACUGACUAUAGUGGCAACUGACAGUGCUGGACAUUUACUUUAUAUGUAGCUGCCCACAAAAAAGAUCAGGUAUUCAGAAAGAAAUGGGCAUCAUACCCCGCUCCAUUUGGUAUGGUUUUCUAGCAUUACUGAAAAAUGGUGAAAUAAAAUGUGGUUUCAGUUUCAGUCCUUUAAAGUAAUUCCAGAGCUCCCAGUCCGCAUGAUCAUAGAGAUGACAGGUCUUCACUUGCAGAGACUGAGCAGAUUCUUUGGGGGAAGUACGUGGUAGUAAAUGCUUUUCAUCUGUGUGGCUUUAGAACGGUCUACAUAACAAGAAUUGUGUUUCAGCUCAUUUACUACAUAUCACGGGAACUGUGCAUCACUGCUGACUGUUUUCAAAGCAUGCUGUUGUGUUUUAGAUGCUGUACUGCAGUUCUAACUUUCAGGGCAGCCUGCAUGUGGUAAUAGAAAGUGAGAUAACAAAACAAAUCUGCAGUACAACCCAACACGUCUCUACGUGCAAUGGUGUCAAAGUAUAAGAAACCGGAAUGGUUUACUUUUACACUCACACUGUUCCACUCACUACAUAUGUUGGUCACAAUACUCCAAAAAUUGUUCACAAUUAAAAUUAAAUCAUUAAAAA